GUCAGGGAGAGCGUUUGGGCGAUCUGGCGGAGCUUUGAGGCCCUCGAGGUCCCCAGUUGAGCUUCCGAGAAUGCCUGAUGUAAAAAAAGGUCCGCCUGUUGGAAAAUGGCGACGCGGCGCAGGCAGGAUCAAGGGCAGCUAGGCCAUGAGCUACUGCAUGCUAAAGUACUGAAGUACAAUACUCUAGUUUUGGACCUUGUUGCGACCCAAACUUGGACUUUAUCGACUCUGGAAAACGUGUUUGGUUGCGUUCAUAUCCGACAGCCUUUGAAUAUAGUUGGACAUUACUGUAUCAUGUUUGAAUAUCAUUACCCGUUAAUGGCGUUCGAGGUUAAGCCCGAGAAGGAAAGCGAGUUUGGGGCCAAUAUGUCGUUAAACGUCCAAAAUAUUCUCCACAUUAUCGACUUGUUAUGUUGUCAUUCAUUGCCUUGGUGGUGAAAACACUUCAAAGAUUUGUGGACGACUCACGUUAUGUCCACGGUUGUGCCUACACUCCCACAGAACUAGGCUGACAAACAUGCUUUAACCCAACCCAGUGCUUUUCAAACUUUUACACCAAGAGCCAUCGACAACCCCCCCCCCCCCUAAAAAAUAGCUUACCAAGUACUGUACUGUACCAUCGUCACAACCAACAUUAACCCCUAAACAGAGUGGCGGGCCCAAGAGUUUAGUGAAACCGAUCAGGUUUUUGUCCCUGAAAAAUAAAGUCGUGAUGGAUUCUGACGAGAAUGAGGUGGAAAGCAGCAGCGACGCCGGCCCCUCCGGCAUGGAGGAGCCGUCGGAGAGCGGCAUGGGUAUGGAGUCGUCGGAGGCCAUGUUGGCCGACAGCAGCGACGCCGCCUCCUCUCACGUGCAACCGCCCGAGUCGGACUGUCAUGUGGGACAGAGCUCCGAGGGAUUUGUGGUCUUCAUCCCGGAGACCAGCUCCAGCACGGACGUCCGAGUGUCCUCGGUUCACCUCCCGGACUCCUCCUCGGUGGCCCAGUCCACCAGCGUUUCCAGCGUGUCCACGGUGACUCAGUCGGUGCUGGUUUCUGAGUCGGUCCAAGUGCUGGUUCACUCCAGCGCCGCCGCCUCGGAAGGAGCCAUGAUGGUGUCCGACUCCACCGCCUCGACCUCAUCCGACUUAGGCUCGGCCAUCGACAAGAUCAUCGAGUCCACCAUCGGCCCGGACAUCAUGAACGGUUGCAUAGCCGUCACCAGUGCGGAAGACCGAGACGCGGAACCGACCCGAUAUCUCAUCCUACAAGGUGCUCCCAUGGUCGCCCACAUGUCCUCUUCGGCCCUGUCGAAUCGUAUCGCCAUCGAGGCACUUUCCGAGGGUCCCACGUCCACCUGUCUGGACCAAGGAGACAUGCAGAGAAGCCCGGAGCCCGACCAGCCCGACGACCGACCCGGACACUCCGGCUACCCGGAAGACAGCAGCAGUCAUCCGGAUCAGCCCCAGCACUCUCACCCCUCCCAGUACAUGGACUGCUCCGCGGAUGGCCCGGACCAAACGGGGGAGUCCUCGCCUUCCUACGCCGAGUGCUCCGAAGAACCCGACCAGACGCGCUCCCGCUCGGGCUUCGCCGACUACAGCGGCGACAACAGCGACCAGGACCUGCCCGGGUACGUGGAAUGCAGCAGGGCGGAUUCCAACCCCACCGACCUGGGCCACUACGCGGCGGAGUGCAGCGCCAGGUAUCUGCGCGGCGCCCAUGACGGCGAGCGGCCGCAUCACUCGCGGGGCUACAUCGACAGCAGCGCCGAUCACCAGACGCAGACCGGCAGGCAGUACGGCGUCGCCGCCGCCGCCGAUUCGGAGCAACCCGAGUGUUCCCGUUACGCGGAGAACAGCAACGGCCCCGAUGCGUCUCUCUAUACUGACGACAGCUCCUCGUCAGAGCAGCCCGUCGCCGACGCGGCGGAUUCCGGGGGGUUGGCGGAGACGGCCGAGUGCAGCCAGAGCCAACCGGGGCUCUACAUCAGCAGCAGCGGCACCUACGCGUCCGACACCAAGCCCGCCGCGGCGCCGCCGAGUCUCGGCGGCAGCCAGGAUGACCCUUGGCAGGAGGAAGCCGCCCCGGGCGGGGACGUGCACGUGGACGCGUCGGCCGUGGCUGAAGGUUCCGGAGACCGGCCGCCCAACUUGGCCGAACUGGAGGAGAUGAUGGAAGUUGUGAUCGUUCAGCAGUUCAAGUGCAAAAUGUGUCCGUACAAGAGCGUCUCCAAAGACACGCUGAUUAACCACAUGAGGGACAAACACUUCAAACCCGCAGGGGGUUUGCAAACCAAGCGCAAACGUGGCCGACCUCCCAAAAACUCCGCGCCGGCUCCCCAGCAGGCAGACCAAGAGAAGAAGGACGCGACGGUUCUGGAAAGAAGAGCAAAGCAGGCAAAGGUGUCGGCAUCGCAUCAAGCUGAAGAGGAUGAAGAUCAGGAAGACCAGGUUCCGGAUGCGGGUGCGAUUGAUGACUCUGAAGAGGACAGUAACUACAACCCAGCAGAAGAGGACUGCCGCGGAAGACUACCCGCCAUUUUGAAAAAACGCACCCCUCCCAUCUCUUCCUCCUCUCACGCUCGUCCGCAGCGUCGAGUUGGCCGCCCGAGAAAAUACAACCUUCUGGAAGAAGCUGACGACAGCCAAGCGGCGGAGAGUUUGGCGAAGAAGCCGAGAGCCGACCCCGGCGCGGUGGACGAGGCCAGCUCCUCGGGCUUGGACAACGGCGGCGGCGGUCUGGCGGCCGACGGGGACGAGGUGGAAGUGGUGGUGAGCCAGUCGGACUCCGAGAACAAAGACCCCUCAUCCAACUCUCAGCAAGAAGAAUUCUUUGAGAGGAAACGAGGCCGCCCCUCCAAGUGCUUCCUUCGCAAGAAAUACAAGAAGCAUUUGAGUCGCAAUCGGUACUUCAAAUCCCUCAAGCCGCUCCUGAGACCUCACAGCUGCUGGAUCUGCGGCUCGCGCUUCCUCACGCAGGAAGAUCUGCGCUUCCACGUGGACUCCCACGAAGGCAACGAGCCGGAGCUCUUCAAAUGCCUCCAGUGCAACUACCACUGCAAGCGCUGGUCCUCGCUCAAGGAGCACAUGUUCAACCACGAAGGUACGAAACCUUUCAAAUGCGACAAGUGCGAUUACUCGAGCGUGUACAAGAAAGAUGUCAUCCGUCACUCCGCCGUUCACAACAAAGAAAAGAAAAGAAAGACGGAUGCGCCGGCGGCGACGGUCACCGAGUUCCCGUGUCCCGUGUGUCACAAAAUUUACCCCAUGCAGAAGAGGCUGACUCAACACUUGAAGACCCACAGCGCAGAGAAGCCGCAUAUGUGCGAUAAGUGUGGCAAAUCCUUCAAGAAGCGCUACACAUUCAAAAUGCACCUCCUGACGCACCUUCAGAGUUUGGGAGACAGCACGUUCAAAUGCGAAUUUUGUGACUACACUUGUGCCAACAAGAAGCUGCUGCUCAACCACCAGCUGUCCCACACCAGCGACCGACCCUUCAAGUGCAGCCACUGCAAAUACACGACCUCCAAAGAAGACUUCCUUGUGUCCCAUCUGGCCAUUAAGCAUACAGUGAAAAAACUGAACGUGGUGUCUUCUGUCCGCUCUCCAGCCGAAUCCGGCGAGCUCUCCGCCCAGAACGCCCUGAGCCUGCUGCUGAACAUGAGCAACGCCCGCGAUUUGGUGGGAGACGCCUUACAAGUAGCCGUGCUCAAGUCGGACGGCGGCGCCGAGGUCAAAGCCCUGGAGAAGGAAACGUGGGGCGCGGUGUCGGCGGCGGCGGCGGCAGCGGGCCAGGCCCACAAAGUCGUCACCUUCCACGUCUCGGAGAACGGCGAGGCCGUUUUGCAGGAGGCCUACGGGGCGGAGACGGAAGGCGUGGCUCACAUCGCCGUGGAAACCUACACGGACGACGGGGAGUUCAACGUGGUGGAGCAGGUGACCGAAGAAGUCCAAAGCUCCGAGUGCAGUCAUGAGAAGAACGAUCAAGUGCGGGCCGUCGAUGAGUCCGAGGCGCAGAGCCCCAAAACGGAAAAGUUCUACCUCGCUUCCGGGUUGGCCGACGGUGUUCUGCAGCAGGUGGAGCUCAGCAGCGAAGCGCCCGCCUCGCCUCCCGCGGCCAGCUCGCCCAGCGUCAGCGCCAAGCGCUUCUCCUGCCGCAUAUGCAUGGAGUCCUUCCACGGCCGCUCGGAUAUGGAAAACCACAAGAGGGCGCACGUGGAUCCCAACACCUUCAAGUGUCCGGAUUGUGACUUCACCUCAAACUCUUGGCCUGAGGUUAAGGCUCACACGGAGCUGCACUCGUACUUGCGGCCUCACAAGUGCCUCAGCUGCAGCUUUGCCUCCAAGAACAAGAAGGACCUGCGCAGACACCUGCUGACGCACACCAACGAAAAGCCCUUUUCUUGCAAACUUUGCGGCCAGAGCUUCAAUCGCAACGGCCACCUCAAGUUCCACAUGGAGCGUCUCCACAACCAGGAACAGAGCAGCACGCGCAAAAGCCGCGCCGCCCCGUCCCAGCAGACCAUCAUCGUCAACAGUCACGAGGAGGCGCUGGCCACGCUGCAGUCCCUGCAGGCCCACCAGGCCGUCAUCGGCCCGGAUCAACUGCAGGCUCUGGGGCCGGAACACAUCAUUGUAGCCCAAGACCAGUCCUUAACGGAGCAGGAGGACGGCACAUACAUCCAGCAGAUCACCACCAUCGACGGACAGACGGUCCAGCACCUCAUGACGGGAGACAACCAGGUCGCCGAGGUGCAGUACAUCAUCUCCCAGGACGGGGUGCAGCACUUGCUACCGCAGGAGUACGUGGUGCUGGCAGAAGGCAAUCGCAUCGAGAUGCCGGAUGGGCAGAUCAUCCAGUAUGAGCACGACGGAGUCUUUCUGCAGGAGCAGCAGAUCGCGGUCGGCACUGACGCUCCAAUCCAGUACCUGCCUGUUGCUGCGUCGGAACAGAAAGAGCUGGAGGCUGACGCCCAAUCUGCCGUCACAGCGGCGGCAGACGCGGCGGUGACGGCGCAGGCGCAGGUGCAGGCGCAGGCGCAGGUGCAGGAGGUCUACACGGAGGCAACGCCCGAGCAGCUGGCGCAACUUCAACAGCAGCAGCCGGGAGUCCACUAUGACGUCAUCACCUUCACCGUCGAGUAGCUCCGCAGCGCCGCCUACCUGCUCCGCCGCGCGUUGCCCGCCCCCCAACAUGGAUUUGCCAAGCAAACAGAGCAGAGCAGAGGUGACGAAUGUUUUCCUUCUGGGGCUGAACAGUGACUCGUCUAUUUAUUUAUGUUUUAGAAUGCCAAAAUGAUGUUUAUAGAAAGAGUUGUACAUAGCUUUGAUGAUUAUUUUUCGUUUCUUCUGGCGAAUCUCAAGAUAAUAAGCUAAUCGCUGACACCAAAUAAAACAUUUUCUUUCGAUGAAGAAGACGUGUUUUAUGAAUUUAUAUGUGUGACGUUGAUUUGAGAAUAUUCACAAAAAUGAGACCAAAAUAAACACUGGAUCUCUUGGUGUUGGAA